UAUAAAACGACUUUAGCUGCAGAGACCAACAUUAUAGGCGCAAUCUAACCCCCCCUCUCCCCUCAUUCUCAGUGGAUUCUGUUCCCCCACAAAUACAUUAUUUCUGUGUUCUCAUCCCCUAUCUCCCUAUUUCUUUUUAUUUUUCUUUUUCUUUUCUUUUUUUUUUUUUUUACUUCCUUCGAUCGCCAUACAUAUUAUUCAUAUUAUAUAUAUACUACUCAAAUCAUUCACCUCGGUAUCCAGUUGUGCACCUCUCCCUCUUCCAUAUUUCCUCUUCUAUCUUUAAUUCUUUCCCAAGUGUCGUUGCUCGAGCUCGAGGCCUUAUUAAUAUAUCCACGAUGAGCAGUUCCAGGGUGAAGCUGUUCGGGUUUCAGGUGCCCGCGGAGGACUACGACGAGGCGGCGGCGGCGGGGAUCGGGAAUUCGGAGUCGCCGUCGUCGUCGUCGUCGAUCACCACGGCGACGGCGGGGGACGGGCGAAAGUACGAGUGCCAGUACUGCUGCCGGGAGUUUGCGAACUCGCAGGCGCUGGGCGGGCACCAGAACGCCCACAAGAAGGAGCGUCAGCAGCUGAAGCGCGCCCAGAUGCAUGCCGCUGCCGCCGCCGCCGCCGCCGCCUCCUCCGCAUACCGGCCGGGCGGCGCCGCCGGGGAGCUCUUCCCCCGCUCCAACCCGAUGGCCUCCGCCUUCGCCCCCCCGCCGCACCUCCUCCCCGCCGACUCCUCCGCCUCCGUCUCCGCCGCCUCCUGGGUCUACUUCUCCCGCGGCACCGCCGCCGCUGCGCCGUUCCACGUGUCGCACGGCUGCGUGUUUCCGAAUUCCCCAGCACCGCUGCCGCCGUCAAAUUCCGCCGCGGUGUUCGCCUACAACCGAGUCGGCGCGGGGACCUCCGGGAGCCCGGUGGGGCCGACCAGCGCCGCGGCGGACGGCGGAUUGGACCUGCAGCUCAGCCUCGCGCCGGCCGGGUCUUGACCGAACCGGCCGGUAUCCAACUAGCACCGCUAGCUCGGAGGUCGUAGCGUACGUCGAUAAUUAAUUAAUUUCUAUUAUUAUAAUUAAUUAAUUAAUUAAUUAAUUAAUCUUCGUGAUAUAUAACUUGUUAAUUGUUGACUCCGACCGAGAGGGAGUUAAGAACUUCAGAUAACCCGUGUAAGGUAUUUUAGUUAGUUUUCUAUUAAUUUUUGUAA